AGACAGCGAGAGAAUAAAGAUUCAGAGUAGAAUAUGGCAUCAUCGGUGUUUGUGUAGCGGCAACUCACAUCAGAAGCAUUUAUUCAGACGAAAAGUAUGGUCGCACAAUAAAGGAUCGGAGGCGAGCAAAGAAGCAAAGAAAAAGGCGACGAGAAAAGACGGAACACCUUGAUUGUCGACAAUAACGACAUCAAACGAGCGAACUUGGUUUUCCGGGUUUGUCGUGCGAUUUUCAGUUUUAGGAAGUAAUUUUCUGCAAAAGUGCAUAAACAAUUGAAUAGAAAAAAAAAGGGAACACGAAGUGCUUGAUUUGCUGCUCAGCUUUUAAUUGAGUUGUGUGGGCGUGUGUUUACGUUUUAUGUGCUACAACAACCACAACUAUACGACUGAAUAUAGUUGUGCCUGAAGGAACUGUGUGUUGAUUAAGUUGAUUUUUUCCCCGGCUGCUCGAAAGUUUCCUUUUUUUUCAGCCCUCAAGGGCUGCUUUAUCGUUGCAUUCCAGUCAAGAUGCCAUUCCAUUCAAUACAAUGAAUGAAUAACAGGAAACUAUUUAGCGAUUGAAUUUUUGGCUAUUUGCCAUUACGACUGGGAAAAAAAAGCAUCCGGCAACAAAGUGUGGCUACAAAGUUCGAUUUCUGUGACUAAGUGGUGAAAAAGGUGGUUUGAAAUUGUCUGUACUUAAUUGCAAUCAGUAAUAAAUAUCGAUACAACAAGCCGAAGUGCGUGAACAAGUGAUGGUAUGAUUAGGAAGUUGAUGAAGUUUAAGAUAAGUGAGAAGCCACCAAAUAAAUACUCAUUCAAAUUCAUUAAAAUUGAUUGAAACGAUUUCAAUUAUAAGAAUUUGCGUCUACUCUGUACAACACACGGUGUGUCUGUGCGGUCGCAUUCUCUCCUCGCGAUAUUAUGCCGCUGAUGAUGAUGACACGAUGAUGAGUGCACAUGACCGACUUCUACAGCCACUAAUCGACUGAAAUGUGUUUGCAUUAACGAUUUAGGCAACUCAACUCUGAUUAACAUUACUGCCUCGUACUCUCUCUCUCUCUCUACCGCCAAUUACACACAUGAUUCAAGCGGCGCGCAAAAUAAAGUUCACAGACAAAUGCAAAAACAAAAAAUAAAAUAGGAAAAAAAAAUACAGCAACAACCAGAGCCCGUACUCAAAACCAAUUGAAACAAAUGAUUCUGCUCCAGCAGAUGUGUUUUAGUUAUGAUCAAUGUUAAGUGAGGUUUUCAAAAGAGAGCAUUAAAUGAAAAAACAAAUCCAACAACAACAAAACACGUCGACGUAUAUAUACGUUUUACAUUACAUUAAUACCGUGGUUAAAACGCGUUCACGGGGCAUAUUUUAAAAUGCCACCAAUAUCAAUAAUGAAAACACACAUAAACCGAGGGCUUUUGUAUAAAAGUUUAUUUCUAAGUGAAUGGUUUUAGUGCUGUGAAGUGUGCUUCUGUGCGAUGGUGCGAUGGCCACUGAUUAACUAUAAUCAGCAAAUUGUGAAAAAUUAGGGGAAAUAAAUACAUACGAUGAACUAACUUCCGUCGUUGUCACGAGAGUGAAGCGAGAGAGAGGAAAAAAGAACGAAUUAAUAUUACGAGCAUUGGAAAAAGUUAUUGAACAGCGCCAGUUGCCUGUGUUGUCCCGUGUUCAAAUGGCGAUUGUGUGAGAUUCAAUUCACUUCAGAGUCAGUUGCUUGGGUACAGCCCAAGCCGUAUAAUAUGAAAAGCGCAACCAGAGCCACUUCAUAAAUUCGAUGCUCAUAAAAUUUUUUUAUCGUUGUACCACGCGAAUUGAAUCUCGAUAAUCAGUUCAGUGCGCGCAACAGCCGCCGAAUACUAAUAAAUGUGAUUUAAUGCGAAGAAAUUUUGUGUGAUUUUAAAUAAACAUUUUCUUAACGACGAGAUUUGUUUGUGUGUUGCCGUCCGGUCUUUCGCCCUGUUUUCCUUUUUGCUUUUCACUGGGGGCACGCAUCGACCAAAUUAUCGUAUUCGGUCCAGAUGAGAUUCUAAAAUCGAUGAAAUUCACCCAAAAAAGUACUUUCUAAUCAUAAACUCGAAUGCGAAACGAGUGAGUGAGUGUGUUGAAUUCGAAACCAAGUGUCCUUUUUGCUGUGCGAAUCGGUCAAAUAAAAAAUUAAUCGAGCGAAACGGCAAGCAGUUUGCUGUACGUGUGUGUACGCGCGAGGUCGAAGUUGAAAUUUAUCGAAAUUUUUCCCUUAGAAUUUGUUUGUGUGCUUCACCUGACUUAUUUAAAGAAAACCAAGAUGGAUAGUUCACCAGAUUUAUCAUUGAAACUGAGACGAGGGUCAAACGAUUCCAGGGACUCAUUUUAUAUGGAAUUUAAACAGGGCAUUGAUUCCGAUAUCGAAGAAGUAGCAACAGUUGCGACAGCACCGGAUAAUAUUGAUAUUGCAAGUGAUUCGAGUGAAUCACAAGCGGUUGCCGUGUUACCACCCGAGCCGGUUGUUCAAGACGUUGAAAGCGAUGAAAAAAUCGAGCAGUUGAAAUUAGUAAUUGAUGAACCAUUGCCUCCCGCACCACCAUCGCCGCCACCAUCUCCACCACCACCACCGGUGUUAGAAUCUAUUCCAACUAUUCCCACGGGCGCUUUGGAUACGUCUACAAUAACCAAUUUAACGGAUGCGAGCACGACCGAUGAAGAGGACAUUUCACAGAUAACACCAUUGCCGAUGCCCAUUUUGCCAGCACUGAAAACCGAUCUGCUUCAAAUGAUGCCGCCAAACAUACCAUUGGUCGACGAUGAAGAAGGCGCUUUAAUGGAAAUUCAGCCACCUCCAAUCAAAAUGCCACCAUCACCUACUCUAUCCAAUACUGCUGUUGUUUCGCCGGAAACGUUGUCACACCAUUCGUCACCAGCGAAAACUUCACGGAUUUGCUACCAACAACCACCGCCACAUAAUCUACAGCAUCAAGUGAUUGACGAGACCAUUGGUUCAAGAAUGCCUCUGUCGAUUUCGACGCAUCACCAAUUAGCUUCCGUUGCCGUCGGAACACCAGCCGAUCAUCCACACUCUUCAAUCAGUGGCAUUUCAGGCAUUCACAGUGAUUAUGGUUUGGAUCGUCAGCAAAGGUGCCAAAAUUCAACAACAACACAAACAUCACCAACUACUGGCCAUCAUCUAGCAUUGUUAUAUCAUUCGUCACAUCAUCACCAUCAUCAUCAUUCAGUGCAUCCUCAAUUACCGCCUGUACGUCGACCUUCACGACUGCCACCUGUCGUUUACACACGACCACCAGAAAUCAAAGCAUAUCAAAUGUUUGCAACGACAUUGUCAGCGCUGUACGGGAAAUUGUUGGUUGUAAUGGGAAUUGCAUUUCCAAUGGCAGAAGUUAUUUCUUCCUAUAUUCCACCGUCAUUUUAUGAGGUCUUUUACUUGUAUUUAUACGUAGGCAGUAUGUUAUUUUUAUUCUUCAUGUAUGCAACCAUCAUUUGGGGACGACCAAAAGUGGUUAAACUGAAAAAAGAGGUAAGACGUGACACAGAAAGUGUUUCCAGUGAAUUGCAUAGUUCUGAUGAGUCGGGCACGGAAAGUGGAUCAUCACGUCACAGAAAACCAAAGCGUAAUGUGAUUAUUUCGCCAAGACGACCUUCUGUGCUUGCUGCAAUCGGACGCCAUCAUUUCGGAAGUUUCUAUUUGCGUAUGGGGGCGGUUGCCUUCGGAAUAGGUUCAAUGAUAUAUUCAGGCUUGGAGUUUGGCCAGUAUUUUGAACUUGAACGUGACACCAAAUGUCACAAUGUUUUACUGGCAUUGACACCAGCCACUCGAAUGGCAUUCAUUUUCAUUCAAAUGUAUUUCAUCUUUUUAAACAACGAGCAAAUGAAAGUUUAUCGACAUAAAAUUAUCGCACGAUUCGGAUUAAUGCACAUGAUUGGCACGAAUUUAUCCGUUUGGCUCAGCGUUUUAAUUCAAGAAACGAAACACGAAAUAUUAACCUUUUACGAUCCCGAAAAUCGAACGCUACGUAUUUCACAUCGAUUAGGCAACAAAUUGGGUCAGCAUAUUGGCCAGCAGAUGGGUCAUUCAUUGGAUCAUCAUUCCUUGCAUGACGUGACAACUGCUCAUCUUCGUGUUUCACGUGGUUUGAAAGGGCCGCAUCACAUCUUUGAAUGUCGUCGUACGAAUAUUAUCGGAACAUUGGUUCAAGAUGCGUCACCGUUUCUGUUCCCGUGCACGAUUGAAUACUCAUUGAUUUGUGCUGCUAUUCUGUAUGUGAUGUGGCGUGGAAUCUGUCGACCACAGCCAGAACCAGGCGUUCGACCUAUCGAAGGCCUUUCACCGUGCAAACGUUCGCCACAUCAUUAUUCAGUCGAUUGCGCCAGAGCUCAUAAGGGCCUUUUCAUCGGCAUUUUGAUCCUAGUUUUGACAAUUAUUUCAUUAAUUUUAUUCUUCGUUCUGAUUUCGCGACCGGAAUUUGUUCAAGUAGCAGUGACUGAAGUGACCAUUUGCGAAUUGACACUUUAUGGAACGGCAAUUUUCGCAACGUUAAUCGGCAUGUUUCAAAUACGGCAUUUGCAAUACGACUCUCUGAGACACUUCACUUUGGAUGACAUUCUCUUAGUUGGAGGACAAACGGGUCUUUUCUUAUACAGCAUGUUUUCAGUCAUUGGUAGUUAUUUUACGAUGCGAAAACAGGAUACACAUCUCGUACUUAUCACAUCACUAGCAUCGAUCGUUCAAACGGCUUGCCAAACGAUGUUCAUUUUGGAUGCGAGCCGACGAAAUGCAGCGACCGCUGAGCAUAUGCGCAAGAAGCCUGGCCGUGAGAUUGUGACAUUUCUACUUGUGGCGAAUCUUGCAAUGUGGGCGAUUAGCACGUUGGAAAAAUCACGAGCAGAAAGUCAUCCGAUUCAGUUGAAUUUCUAUGGUCUUUGGGCUUGGACCAUAAUCACCCAUGUGUCAAUGCCAUUGGCGAUUUUCUACCGAUUCCACAGCACAGUUUGCCUGUGCGAAAUAUGGAAGCGAGCGUACAAAAUGAAACCAACAUACAUGUAAAGUGGGAUGUCACAUUGCUAUGUUGUGUCACCACCACCAGCACGAAUCAACAACGAGAAUUUUGUAUAAUUUUAUUUAAAGAGCGCGUGAUUCGAGAGCGAGAAAGUAUUCAAUGAUACGAAAUGUAAUGUGUUCGAAAAAUGUUAAGCGCGAUUUUCGAUUAAGUUUAAAUUGUUGCCAAAUUUUUUCCGUUUCACAUAAUAUGUUUAUAUGAUUGAGUUAUCGCAAAUUACUGUUAAGUGUUGAAAACCAAAGAACGUGUCUCUUAGCUGUGUCAUUUGAUUUGCUUUAUUAUUCUUUCAUCGAAUGACAUUGGAUUUUUGAGCAAUUUUUAAGGAGAGAAUAAUGGAUCAUACAGACAGCCCAUAUUAGCCAUUUAAAUUUAUGCAUGAAUAAACAACCUAGUAACCUAUACUCAGAAUAUCAAAGUGAUUUUUUGAAGAAAAAAAAAAAUAAAACAAUAUCGAACCUCUUUAUCAAUAUACCAUCAUCAUUCUCAAUCUAUCUAUAUUCAUCGGAACUUUUUAUCUCGUGAAAGAAUUUUACUAAAACCAUAUAUUGCUCAAUAUACUAACGGAUCAAGAAGAAAAUGAACUCUUGGGAACAAAUUACAAAUCUCAAACUUAUAUUUAUUGAUAUUUAUUGGAGUGUAACGUGCAGCGUAGGCCAUAGGGAUUUCGAAGGAUUUUUUUUUUCGUUGUAAAAGUCGACUUUUGACUCGAACUGACAUUGGCACAAAACCACCGAAAUACAAUAACUCAUUUUAUAGAGGCCAAUAUAGGAAGACUACACAUUUCGAAAUACAAUCAUAGACAUUUUUCUGAAAAAAAAAAAAAAACUAUUAACCAAUAAGACGCUUCUUUCAAAAUUUCGUGUAUUAGCUACAUUAAUAACAUUUUCUAAUGAAACACAUUUUUAAUCAAAUUCAGAACAUUUUAUUUGACGAAAAAUGCUCAAAAUGAGAAAAAAAAAUUGAACUUUUCCAAUGAAAUGAAUGAUUUUUUUCAUACUUUGAAAAAAUAAGUUAAGAAUAAAAAUAUGAAUACCAAAAAAAUUGACACAAAUGUUCAUACCAAAGUUUUUUUUUACCCAAAGCAUCUACCAAGAAAAAAACCAAUCGAAAAAAUCUUGAUUCAGCCAAAAUUUUAUACUCAAAAGUCAUAGAUAUUAUUGAUGAUAAGAAAUUUUUAUGUAUUUUAUGUGCAAAUUAUUUUAAGGCAUUUUUGUAAAGAACAGACAGAAAAAGGUUGUAACAAAGCUUGUUCAAUCACCGUCAAAACCCUUUCUCCAAUCGACAAGAAAGUCGGAUGAGUUGACGAAAGAAAAGAAGAAUCAUUUUACAAGAAAAUCUCCGUUGAACAUCAAUCGGAUGUAAAGAAAAUCGAUGUUCACUGUUCACCCAAAUUCCAAAACAUAAAUCGUUCAUUUGAAAAAAAAAAAAAUGUGGCUUCAGGUUAUUUUCGAAGCUGAUUUGCCAAACAACACUCGCAAUUCAUUAAAAUAGCAUUAUUUUAAGCAAAUGA